CUGGUCCCACAGCUCCCAUAAAAGCUGAAAGAAAGGAGAAACAGAAAAAUAGAACCUUUUAAUGGAUUUCAUAGCAUCUUUGCUUGCACUAACCUUUGUGUUGGCAUGCAUUCAUGUCCUCAAACACAGUUCAUACCGGCGGCAGCCCGGUCCUCCUGGCCCCUACCCUUUUCCGAUCAUCGGCAACAUCUUCCAACUCGGCCACAAACCCCACCUCUCACUAGCCACCCUCUCCAAAACUUAUGGUCCAUUGAUGUCUCUUCAGCUGGGGACCAUAACCACCAUGGUCGUAUCAUCACCCAAAAUAGCCAAAGAAGUGUUGCAAAAACAUGAUCAGGUCUUCUCUGGCCGACCAGUUCCACAUGCUAUCACGGCACUUGACCACAACACGGUCUCCAUGGCGUGGUUACCGGCAGAAAAACAAUGGCGGAACCUUCGCAAAAUAUGCAAAGAGCACUUGUUUUCAUCGCAACGACUCAAUGCCAGUCAAGUCCUUCGCCGUGAAAAGGUACAGGAACUGCUUGAUUAUAUCCAUGAAUGUUGCAUCAGAAGCCAAGCCGUGGAUAUUGGUCGAGUUGCCUUCACAACCACCCUUAAUUUGAUAUCAAACACCAUUUUCUCGAUAGAUUUGGCUCACCUGCACGAUUCCAAUGGUUCUCAAGUACCCAAGGACAUUGUAUGGGGUUUGAUGGAAUAUGUUGGGAAGCCUAACCUUGCAGACUACUUCCCAGUACUUAGACUGAUUGAUCCACAGGGCAUACUGAAACAGGGACAAAUUUAUUUUGAAAAAUUGUCAGUGAUAUUUGAUGGUAUCAUCAAUCGACGGAUAGAAUCAAGAUCUUCCUCGUCUUCAAGAAGCAAUGAUCUGCUGGAAACCCUCCUGGAUCUAAGCCAAAAGAAUGAUUCUGAGUUGAGCUACAAAGACAUGAAACAUAUGUUUGUGGACUUAUUUGUGGCAGGGACUGAUACAACUACAACCACGGUGGAAUGGGCAAUGGCAGAGUUACUGCAGAACCCCACCAUAAUGGCAAGAGCUCGAACAGAGCUGGAGCAAGUCAUUGGCAAGGAAGGAGGAGCUGUUCAAGAAUCAGACAUCGCAAGGCUGCCUUACUUGCAAGCAGUAGUAAAAGAAACCUUUCGAUUGCACCCACCAGCCCCAUUUCUAGUUCCUCACAAAGCUGAAUCUGACACAAAAAUCAACGGAUACAUAGUGCCAAAGAAUGCACAGAUACUGAUAAAUUUAUGGGCAAUCGGCAGAGAUUCAAGCAUUUGGUCAAACCCGGAUUCAUUUGUGCCUGAGAGGUUCUUGGAGAGUGAAAUUGACUUCAGAGGCCAAGACUUUGAGCUGAUUCCCUUUGGAGCAGGAAGAAGGAUUUGUCCAGGACUGCCACUUGCUCAUCGGAUGGUUCACCUUAUCUUAGCCUCUCUGCUUCACUGCUUUGAUUGGAAGGUUGAAGAUGGGAUGAUACCGAAAGAAGUGGACAUGAGUGACAAGUUUGGGCUUACACUAAGUAAAGCCGUGCCUCCGAAGGCUUAUCCGAUCAAAGUUUGACCAUUCUUGUUACCAUCACCGCUACUAUAACAUCCCAAUUCAAACAAUAAUAAGUGGUUCUAAAUUGUAGUUGGGGCCAAAUUUUAAUAAAUAUAAAGGUUAAAAUCGUAUUGGGUAAUGAAGUACUAUUCUUUAAAUUAGUAGAGAGAAAAAUACGAAUAUUUAAAGCUUUGUCUAUUGGCCCAUUAGGCAUCUCUUUGGGUUGGUUAGAUUAUAUAGACAACAUCUAAUAUGGGACUGAUGAAGUUUAAAAAUUGAGUGAAAAUUGAAAGUGAGUUCCUUAGAUGUGCUUGUGUUUGAGAUAUGUCCUGCAAUAAAAUUUAUAAGGGGCUAAGUUCAUAUUUAAAAUUAUAUGUAAUGACUUAAAUUUAAUUUUUUUUUAUUUCAAAAAUACCCUUCCUUGAAAAAAAGUUAAUAUUUCC